CACAUGAUAUAUUUUGUCAACGUAACACGCCGAUUUGUUCGCCUGAAGUUUACAACCAUAAAACACCGAUAACAAACAGGAAUUUAAAUUUAGAAAGACAAAAUUCACGUUUUGACCUGGAUUAAUUUGUAAUGUUGAGACUACUUGUUUUAAUAAUAUUAAUUUCCGGAGUUAGCACGCGCGGUGUCCCGACAGCAGACGAUAAUGCGGAACUGGGACCUAAAGAAAUUGAAACGGACCAAAAGGACCACUCAAGUGAACAUGACAACUUAACGGACUGCGAAGAUUGUACAGAAACUACAGAGGACGGCGAUGAUGACGAUAUAUUACCUGAACGACAACAUGAAAAAGAUGAUAACGGUAAUGAAGGUGCUGAUGAUUUGAAGACAACACCGAAACCCAAAACAGCAAAAAGAAUUAAACCUUUCCUAACGUUCCAUAGAAUUAAUGUCAACGUGAACAGAAACCGAAAGACAAACAGAAAGUCAUCUACUAAAAGAACAGAAAAACAGCUAAAAACUUCUAGAGCACGCACUCAAAUUAAAGAAGACAAAAUACAGUUAGAUAAUAAUAAUGAUCAGAUAAAAGCAAACAGGGAUAGCCCAAACAGUGCCAACUAUGCAAAAGCAGAUACUAAGAAGAAAGAAGCUUUAAUAGGUACUGUUGAUCAUAUACUUGAAGGUGAAGUAGACGAGAGUGAUAAUAGAAAACAAAGUGUGACCACAAAGAUUGUGCAACCUGAAAGGUUCAAAAGUAAAACAGAGGUUUAUUCUAAGGAUAAAUCAAAAGAAAAGGGAAACUCGAAACAUGGGAAGAAUGCGCAGACAGAAUCAAAGGUUGACACUGUGCACAAGUCAGAAGAUAGUGAAAAGAAAGCAUACUCUGUUUCGACGGAGAAACCAAACGACCAGAAGGAUACUGUAGAUCGUAUUAUUCCGAAAAACAUGAGAGACAGAUGGUCGCGAAAGGGCUUGAGUCAGGUACCGGAUGUCGAAAGAUUGGAGAGACGCCUUCAUCCUACAAUAGAUGCACCGGUCAAUGAUAUCAUAUACUCCAUGAAGAACAUGAUUAGACUUAUCCAGUCAAGCCUCUACAGGGUAGAUGUUGAUUUUAAGAUGAUCCAAAACACCACACGAUGGAAAUAUAUGGUAGGAGUGCGAAAUCAGCUCACUGAACUUUCGGAAGACAACGACGAAAUUUAUGAUGUAAUUAUGGAUGUGUCCCUCCUCACCAAGCAGAUAUACAGACAGGCGCAUGAACGAAAACAUCCGAGGUCAAAUAUAGAAGCAGCUGCUGUUGCCUACAGGUCCAGAAUAAACACCAACAUGCACCCACAAAUACGUAGAAACUUUCAAGAAGCACAAACAGAACUUGAAAUAGCGAAAGAACUGAUAAAGCAAAUUGAAGGCAUACGCAAUAAGAAAGAAUCACUGAUUGAUGAAGAAAUGCGAAUACACCAUCUGGUGAGGGAUAGGUUGCCAAUGAGAUCAAUGCAUGAUCUAUACAGAAGAGCAGACCAGACUAUCAGGGUGCUGUCAGCGGCACAGCCACUUUCAAGAUACGGAGAGAAAAACAGACUGUAUGGGCAUAUGAGAAAUGAUAGCGCUUUGAACAUGAGGAGAGCAAGGGAACUAAUAGUAGAAGGGUUCGAUUUACUGACACACUCAAAACGGACUUUACUGGACAACAGAAGGAAAGUACAUGAACAUGGCCGUAUUGUACGACAUAAAUUACCUGCAGGCACAGUAUCUGAUAUGCCAUUUGGUUCUGGACAAAUGGAUCUGUUUGUUGCCUGGGAUGAAGCAAACCAUCACGCAAACAGUCUUUCAGAAAGUGCAGCAGAAAUCCACAUGAAAUUUGUUCCACUGAUAAAGAAGGCAAAAGAAAUUAUAGCAAACAGUGCAGGAGUUGGAUUUAAGAAGCGACUGGAACAAUCCCUUGAAGAAAUGAAAGAAACUGUGAAGAUGCUAGACAAAACUCUUGAUGAGAUACGAAUAGUGGUUGGAGAUGAAGGAAUACUACAAGAUCGUUGUGAAGAUAUUCAGAGGUCAAGUCUAUUUUCGGUUGGAGACAGCCCGAUUGAUUGUGAUCCCUAUGUACAAGUAACCAUUCAAGGGAGUGGCGACGUAAUAGACGGAUCUGGAGAUGAUGACGAUACAUUUGUUGAUAUAGAGAUACCAGAAACAAAUACACUAAAUGUUACGGAUGAGAAAGCUUCUGUCGAUGUUAAUAUAACAAAACCUGAAGAAUCAUUCAUAGAUAUAGACAUGUCGCAACCAGAAGAAUCGUUUGUAGAUGUAGACGUUGCACAACAAAAUGAUUCAUCUGUAGAUGCAGACAUAACAAAACCUAAAGAAUCAUCUGCAAGUAAAGUCAUGAUAAAACCAACUUCAUCAUCUACAGACAAUUUUAAAGAUAUAACAAAACCAAACAGACCGGUUCAAAUAGAUAAAACUAAUACUCUAAAGCCACUGACAGCCAGUAACUUUGACGGAACUGAUGAUGAGGACAUAGCUCAAGAACUGAAGAAAAAGAUGACACAGAGAACCACAACAACGCCAGAGACCACAACAGAAUUAACAGCUGAAACUGCAACAAAAGAUCCUGAUCUCUUCUUUGAUGUGUUUGGAUGGUUUAAUGACCAGCCUGAUGAAGAGGCAAUUGUUCUUGGCGCUGUAGAUGACAAGACGGGCUUAGUGGUUGUUCCAUCGAAUAUGACAUUGAAUGAGCAUAUUCGAGAACGUCUUUAUAACUACUCAGAGGGAAGUAAAGUGUUGCUAGAAGCUGCAAAGAUGAACAGAUCAAAGAUGGAAGAAAUAAGUCUUACCUGGCAAAAGGUGCAGAAUAGAUUUUCUACCAUUGAAAACAAGACAAAGAACGCAAAGAGUGUUAUCAGCAAAUGGAAAGCGGAAAAGGCAUACUUUAAUGCCGUACACUACAGAGUAAAGGGUGUGAAAGAUGACAUCGACUUAAAGAAAGACGUUGUAGAAGAACUAUGCAGCGAUUCCGUAGAUGUAGCAAACAAGAAGCUAAAAGACAUGAAUAAAGUGUACAAAAAACAAUCGGAAAAAGCUAAAAAUGCUGCAGACCCUACUGAUGUCAACCAAGCAGUUACUCAAGUAAAGGUAGUUUUAGACAACGUAAAGGAAAUCAGCCGCUUAAAGCAGUUGUAUCCGACUCCUUGUGGCACACUGGAACGGCUUGACGAAAAGAUUAGGUUCAAUAUCACAGAACUUAGAAAGAAAAUAGAAAGAGCUAAGCUAAUUGCUUCCUCGCUUCAGAUUGCUGUGGCAGUGCCGAAAAAAGGAUACAUUGAGUUUCCGAUUUCUGACCAAUCUGCCGAGAGUCACCCGCUAACCUCUCAAGUGCAGAUGAUGUUAAAGCACACGGGAUCAGAUGGCCGACUACUGUCAAUGCAUGUAGGGGAAUCUGAAUCGCUAUCGUUAGAAGUGCAGACGGACGGACUUACGGUCAUUCAGUCGAUAGAUGGCGAUGAAAGUAGCCACACUCUGUAUGCUGAUAAAAUAGCUGACAAAUGGUAUCUCAUUCAGUUACACAGAUUUGCAGCAAGCUAUAAUUUCACAAUGGUUGGCGAAAACGGCAUACUCGGAAAAGUAGGACUACAGAAUUCUACAGGUGGACAAAGACUUUUCACGCAAGAUUUACUACCAACCACUCUUCGUGUUGGUGCUUCUGGGGAAGAUUUGUCAGCCUGUGCUUUGGGAAUAGAAAUAAACGGAAGAAGUAUCAAUAUGUUUGACAUGACUGAUAACAAGAGCUUUCCAACUCCAUGUUCGUCACAAGGGAGAUGGUCGUCUCAUCAGACACAUCUUUUGUUGGAUGGUUCUGGCUAUGCAGUAAUGAGUUUAAAAGAUAUAAAGUCAUUUCGGACAUUGCAAUCAAUCAAGAUAGCAUUUAAUCCUCGCUCGGAUGGAACGGUGAUAUUUCUUCAGCCUAAACGAAUGGCAACUACAAUAGAUGUUUAUGUCGAAAAAGGAUUGCUUGUAGUAUUUGUACAUUACCGUGGCUUCGAAACAAAACUCAAAAGUACAGUUGAUGUUUACGGCAAUAAUCAGAUACUAGAGAUAAGUUUUAAAGGUGGUAGAACGAGAAGUGCAAAUGUUGUUUUGAAUGGAAGAUCAAAUGUUUUCAAGUCGGCAAAAAGUGGAAAACGAGAGCAGCGGUCAAUUAGCAACAAUAUUUUUAUUGGUGGAUUCCGCGAGGAAAAUAGCUCCAUGGUCGGUUGUAUCAAGUCAUUAGAAAUAAAUGGCGAAGAAGUUCCUUUCAACAUUAUACAUGAAGCAGAAGGGCAUAGCUAUGGAACGUGUCAUGAAACAGAAUGUGUGAUAUUUGAUGACAGCAGUGUCCCAAUUGAAUUAACGAACCUUACUGUAGUACAGACGGUACAUAUAUCAGUCAGACGUGGUUCUCUUGGGCCAAUUCUACAAUAUUCCAAGCAUAAAGAGAAAUUCAACCUAGAAAUAUCUUUGAACACAGAAGGCAUACAUGCAGAAGAGACAGUCAAAGAAAAUGAUGAAGAUUUCUCAUUGAAUGGGGAGUCUGAAUUCAUUGUCAUUGCAAUACAUGACGACACCGAGGAUAAAAGUGUAACUGUUACUAUUGAUGGUGAAAGUGAAGAGUUUACAUACAGCAAUGGUGGUGGUUGGGACCCAUGGGGAAAUGGAAAGAAAGACAAAGAUGACGAUGGUCCUGUAUCUUACAGCGUUUCAGUUGCAACAUCAUUUGAAGAUUCACCGAAUUUCAUAGGAAGUGUACAAAACCUAAUCCUGGAUGAAAGACCAGUGGACUUACUACAAUAUGUGGAAUCAAAUAAACUUGGAAGAUGUACAGUAGAUCCAGUCCCAAGAAAGACAAUUGUUACUGAUACAACAACUAAAGGAAUAACUUGUCAGUAGGACUGCGAUUGAUAUGUUUCGACACAUUGUGGCUGUUUAUUUUGUAAAAAGACAAACAACGAUUUUAACGUUCCAUACCAUUUCUUACAUGAAAUGUACAGCAUCCCCAUUUCUUACAUGAAAUUUACAGCAUCCCUGCCCGUCAAGAUAGUUGAUGCAUUGCUUUUCGCCUAAAAGCCCAUCUGCUAAUCGGUCCGUUCAAUAUUUCGUGCCCGGAUAACUCCUUUUAUACUUUUCAAACUUGACAGGAAUGGUAAUUUGCACAUCUUGUCGGGAAGCUAACGGAGGAAUAUUCUUCAUUUAUUUUCAAAAUUCUUCGUCUUUUAUACUUACAUGUUGUUGUAAAUUAACAGUGUCACCUAGGGUUACAUCAUGUUGGCUGUACGGUCAUUUUUCCAGAUUACCUAUUUUUUGCAGUGUCAUUGUACUUAGAAAUGUAUUCGUUAUUGUCGUGAGAAAUUGUUCAGAUAAUAUGUAAGAAAUCAUCAUUGCUGUGUGUAAUACAACUCCUUUGUCUCAAGUCUCCUGCAACCUGUUUCACACACACUUUUGUUCAUAACAAAGUUGGUGACAUUUGAGUAAACGUUUUGAAAAACAUAUUUUGUACAUUAUAUCAUUUUCUUUUUAACUUACUGCCCCAAUCUACUAGUAUAUAAAGGUUAAGCCAUUGUCCAUUUUUGUACUUAUUAAAACCACAAAUUUCAUGUUAAAUUCCAUUAUUUAUCACUUACACGUUCAUCUCAAUUGUUGUCACUGUUGUGCACAAGAAUAUGCUGUCUUACCUAAACAUAAACGCAUUUCAUCAUUGUAAAUUAUCAUGCUGUGUUUAUAUUCUCUUCAAACUUUUUGCCUUUAUUUGCUUAAUAUUGCUUUAACGAGAUAUAUUUACUAAGAUUUAUGUUGUCCAUGAAAAUACGCAAAACGCUGCUCUUAUUAGCCUUUUUAUAGAUCGCUGUACUGAACCUCGUUUCAGACAUUUGUUUGCUUACGAACAUUUUAUAACUAAAAGUCAGUUCAGUUAUUGGGCAUUUUCAAUAAUUAUUUUGUUUAUUAAACAUUUCUAUAUAAUUUCGUAAGUGUUUAGAUGUGAAAUUACUUUUGGGUGAAAAAUCUGUUUCCGUACCCAAAUUUAACAUAAUGCUGCCAAUCUCCUUACAUUUUUUUCUGAUAAAAUAAACAUUUUCUCAAAUAUUUUUAAUUACGAAAGAUUUCUAAAUUCUAUACGUGUUUCGCGCACAUGCCUUCUUUUUAAAGAUCUAAUGUGUUUCCAUAACCGCAGGUACAUCAUUUUUAAGACUAACUAGAGCAAAUACCAUGAAGUGGUCUACAUUUACAUUAAAUUAAAUAUGUUAAAGAUUAUUUCAGCUUUUUUAUAUAGUAUACUAGAGUCAAUUUAACAGAUGUUAUGUUUGAUUAAAUAUUGGCGUUAUUUGGUGCUAUUACUUAAUGUAUUAUGCUUUAGUUCGAACCUUGAUCGUUUGCUCUGUUGUAUUUAUUAGAUACUCAGGCAUUAAUUAUUUCACUGUUGAUAUACUUAAUAACUGUAUAACGCAACACUUAGUUUUUCACAUCGCUGAAGAAGUUGUUUCUUACAUUUGGAAUACAUUUAGAUACAAAUCAAAAUUACAGCUUAAUCUAAUUAUGCCAUCACGUGAUUCUAUUCAUUUUAAUACCUCAACCCAUCAGGAAUAAGUUAAAAAAUAUGAAUUGCUUUUAAUUUAGUAACUCGCUUACAUUUUCAUGGUAAAUUUAAGGUAUUUAUUUGUUUCACAGUGCGUUUGUAAAAGUGAAAUACGAGAUAAUUAUUGCGACAUGGAACCACGUAAAUGUCAAAUGAGCCGCGCCAUAUGAAAACCGCGUAGUCUGGUCAGGAUCCAUGCUGUUCGCUAACAGUUUCUCUAAUAGCAAUAGGCUUUGAAAGCGAACAGCAUGGAUCCUGACCAGACUGCGCGGAUGCGCAGGCUAGUCUGGAUCCAUGCUGUUCGCAAACGCACUAUGUUGGUUUUCUCCUGGCGCGGCUCAAAUAUUUUAAAGUCAAAGUUACUCAUCCCAGUACAGUUUUAAAAGGAUGAAUAAAAUGGGCAUGCUUGAUAACUAGUUGUUGUUGGAUUUCAAUUAUUUUGUUAUUUUCCAAUGUCAAAGAGCUCAAAAUGAGCGAACUAUUAUUACAUGGACACCAGUGUGAAUACAGAUACUUACUUUUCUCCAUAAAAAUACUAAAUGUUUAUAUUUCAUUAUGGCUUUGACAACAAUGAUAUUUUUGUAAGAUUUAUGAUUUGUUCCGUGUUAAAUUGAAAAUAAUUCUUUAUGUUUAUGUGGUUUUUUUGUGUACUUAGUUAUAUACGCAGUGUUGCGUUAGACGAUCUGCUAUGUGUAUACAUUGUUUUCAUAAAGGCCCUUAAAAAGGCCCGAGGUCUGUUGUGCGGCCUAAGGUCAAUACCACCUACCAAUGACAUUUUACAAGGUCAUUAUGAAUACACGUUUAUUGACAAUUUCAUUUACAUGAUCACUUUUGGAUAAAACUAUUUUUCAUUUACCAUGACUUCGAGUGUCAUGUCCGCUGAUUUCCCACUGUAAAUAAUAAAGUUGCCCAUAAAAAUUUACGGGCAGCAACUUACAGUGGUCAUGAAAUAAAUGCUACUGUCUAUGAAAAAAAUUGAAUUUGCUUUAAAAGAUUUUAUGUGAACUCGAACGGGUCUUAAAUACUGCUUUGUUUGUACCCAGUCUUUCUCAAAAAGAAACAAGUAUACAUGCCAUUUAUAAUACUAUAUUAUUUCAAUAUGACUUUUCUCCAGAUGGUUACGCAAUGAUACCGGUGAAUUUUUGCCUUGAUAUAUUUUACCAUUCCACGCUGUACCCAGUUCCCAUGAUUUACAGUUCCUCACAUGGUUUACAAUUCCUCGCUGUACCCAGUUCCUAUGGUUUACCAUUCCACCCUGCACCCAGUUCCCAUGGUUUACCGUUCCACGCUGUACCCAGUUCACAUGGUUUACAAUUCCACACUGUACCCAGUUCCCAUGGUUAACGAUUCCACGCUGUACCCCAGUUCCCAUGGUUUACAAUUCCAUGCAGUACUCCGGUCUUAUAGUUUAACAUUCCACGCUGUACCCAUGUCCUAUGGUUUGUCGUUCCACUCUGUACCCAGAUCCCAUGGUUUACCAUUCCACGCUGUGCCCAGAUGGCAUGUUUUACCAUUCCAAGCUGUGUCCGGGUCCAAUGGUUUACAAUUCCAUGUUGUAACCAGGUUCCAUGGUUUACCUUUUCACAUUGUACCUAGUUCCCUGGUGGUAAUAAAACUGAAUUUCAGCACCAAUCUCGGAAUGCAAUGUUGUCGUUGGUCAAUCCAAAGAAUGUAUUGAAAGUAUUUGAGUUGUCAACUAGUAACAAAACGCAGCAUUAUAUUUGAACCCUUAAGUAAAUUCCUCAUUAUGUCUUGAAUGAUAAAUGCAACGGUGUUCACGAAGGUAAAAUAUUUAGAUAUAUGAUAAAUCGGGUAAAGAGUUAACAAGCCAUGAAUUUAGUUUUCUACAUUUGUUGAGAAUUAGUUUAGCGAGAAAUAAAUUUCAUUUUACCAAAACAACUCAGAAAUUGCUUUUUUGCUCAAUAAAUUUAUCGUUUAUUCA